AUGGCCUCGCGAACCGCCUCUACUUUCCAGUAUACGAGCCGUUCAAUCGACCACGAGUUCUGGAAAGACUUCAGCACGGCCGAUUGCACGUGGCUGUACGCGCCGCUGACAUCGUUGAGCAUCGAUCACGAGUUCUGGAACGAUUUCAGUGAGGAAGACUGCACGUGGCUGUCUGGCCCGCUGGGCUUCCCGGCGCCUGAAGACACCACCAUUGAGCAUGCGUUCUGGGAGGACUACAGCGACGAGGAGCAGACGUGGCUCAAGAGGCGGCAGCAGCGGCUGCACGCCGUUGCGGUGCGCGUGGGGCGGUUGAAUGAGGACGAGCAGAGCACUACGCGCUCCCCCCGUGCGUCGCUGGGCUUCUCCCCGCUGCGACCCACCAAGCCCGUGAGUCAGCCGCGCAGCAACACGCCCACACCCAUGCACAUGAUGGGUGCACGCGCUGCUGUCACCACCGUCGCUGUCACCACCGCUGCUGUCAACGUGAAGACCACUACUGUGAAGACCGCCGCUGUGAAGAGCGUUGCUGUGAAUCUUCCUGUUAGAAGCGUUUCUGUUAAUCCUGCUGCAGCGAAGGGAUUGCCGGCCAAGGCCACACGUGUGACGCCUGCAGCUGCUGUGAAGAACGCUCCUGUGAAGAGCUCUGCUGUGAAGAUCGUUAAGCCUGCCAAGGCCGUACUAGUGGCGCCUUCACCAGCUCAUGGAUCGCCAGGCGAGGCCAAGGCCAGCAAAGGUGUGACGCCUGCAGCUGCUAAGAGUGUUGCUGUUAAGCCCAGCCCAGUGGGGUCGGUGGCAGAGAAGGUGAGGGAGCAGGGCAAUGGGAGGGCAGCACACACGGCGGUGCGUGCAGCAGCAGGGAAGGCGGCGUUGGGAGGGGUGGAGGCAGCAGGAGGGCGAGCAGCAGGUGUGGGGUCGGGUUCAGGGCGUGGUGGCGGUGGUGCGAGUGGCAUCCCUCAGCCUGGGCAGAGCAGGGCAGCGCACACGGCUGCAGCGGCUAAGGCAGUGCAGGCUGCGCCUCACAGCACUCGUAACCCGGCUGCUCCAGCAGCAGCAGUGGCCGCCACUCGCAUUCCCAAGCCACUCAACACAGCAGCAGCACUGCCUCGCACUCGCAUUCCCAAGCCACGCACAGCAACAGCACCCAAGGCAAGCAAUGACGCAUCAGCAGCCUAUGGAAGCAGUUAA